CAACCAAGGAGGACCCCAAACAUUUCAGUAGCACCAAAACUGACAGCUGCCUACACGUCCACACAGACAGCAAAAGAACCAACACCCCACUUUUGUUUUGCUUCUUUAUUGCGCAGGCCCAAAGGCAAAGAAAGAAGAAAGAAGAUGAUAACCAUAAUUGCUUCGGCGUUAGUCUGCCUGAGCCUUUUCAACAAUGUACAUACAGCAGAGGGUCGCACUAUAAUCCUUGCCAGACCAGGUGAUGAUGUUAACCUGCCCUGCCGACUGAAACCUUCCGAUGAUGCUGUUUUUGGUGGGCUUGGAAACAGGAUCAGCUGGACCAAGGUGGAGAAUGAUGUGGAAGUAGAUGUACUGCUUUCUAUGGGUGUUCACCAGGUCGAAUAUGAACGAUUUGAAAAACAUGUUAAGCUCCUGAAGGCUGAUGAAAAUGAUGCGACUCUGGUUAUUAGAAACCUCAGACUGGAUGACUUUGGCAUAUACAAGUGUGAAGUCGUGGAAGGCAUGGAUGACAUUGUUAAUGAAGUGGAGAUUAAAAUGCAUGGGGUUGUUUUUCCAUACCAACCAAACUUGCGCCGUUACAUCCUGAACUUCCAUGAUGCUGAGGUGGCCUGUUCAGAGCAGGAUGCUGUGUUGGCAUCAUUCGAACAGCUCUACCAGGCCUGGAAAGGUGGGCUGGACUGGUGCAAUGCUGGCUGGCUGAGUGACGGAACUGUACAGUACCCCAUCAACAAACCCAGGGUGCCAUGCGGGGGCAAAGUACCUCCUGGAGUCAGGAGUUAUGGCCGGCGCAACAAAACCAGCCGCUUUGAUGCUUUCUGCUACACUGCUGGAUACAAUGGAGAAGUGUUCUUCGUGGAUCAGAAACUGAACUUCACCGAGGCUGUGCAGGUCUGUGAGAAUAAGGGAGCAGAGUUGGCAAAGGUAGGGCACAUGUUUGCUGCCUGGAAGCUGAAUGGUUACGACCGUUGUGAUGCUGGAUGGCUGGCUGAUGGUAGUGUGAGGUACCCCAUCUCCAGGCCCAGGAUGAAGUGCAGCCCCACAGAAGCAGCCGUCCGUCAUGUUGGAUUCCCUGACAAAAAGCAUAAGCUCUGUGGUGCCUACUGUUACAUGGUUCACCAGUAAUUUGCUGCAAAUGACUUAAGCUCACACACCAACCAAAGAGCUGUAACACACAAGCAUUAAAAUAUAAAACCUGCAGAGUCAGUUAUCAUGAGCGAGCAUUAAAUCUGCAAGCUUGUUUUUUUACAUACAGAAAUUUUCGUGCUAUACAUUUCCAAACAUAUACUGCAAUUAGUAAACCAAUUAUUCAUUAUAAACUUUUAAAACUUUUUUUUUUAUUAAUUUUGCAUAUUUUUCAGUCAUGCCAUUUACAUCAUUGUUUUCAAGCAACACCCUAUUUUAUAAUACCUAAUUCAUUAAUGAAUUAAUUAAUUAUGGAAUAUUAUGGAAUUCCAAAUAAAAAAAAUACAACUUUGACACAUCUGAAGUAUCUUGUCCGAGCACUGACCACUGUUUUAUGUUUUUUUUUAAACCUAAAAGUUUACUUUUAAAAAAAACAUUUGUAUUUAUUUCUAUUCGCAUUAGUUGUGGAAAGGCAAGGAUUUUCUUAAAUUGCAUCAAAAUCUUUUCUGGAGAUGAAAUGCAUUUUUGGUCUUUACAGAAAGCUGCAAAUUCAAUUACACUGGACCCAGACGCAAUGAAAUCUUUAAAAGGACCCAGUUGCUUACUAGCAACUGCACUUUCAAUGUCUGAGCCUUUGCAUUACUGUAAGUGCCAACAAAACAUUGUAACAUGGAUUAGGUAAAUUUUUAUCACCAAUUUCUAUGGACUACAAUGAGAAUUAAUUUACAAUGAUGUGCCACCAAAUACAUAGUCCAUAUUUGGUAUUUCUACAGACAUGGAUUUGUUUAUGUGAUUGUGAAGAAAACUCCACCUAUUUUCCUUUCUGUACUAUAAAUCCACAGUAUAGAUUCACAAACCUUUUUUUCUAUAUGUAUACAAUAUAUAUUUUUUUCUUUACUAAAAUGCAGUUUGUUGUUUUUAAGUUUUCAAAUGGAAAAUAAAACCUUUAAAAAAUUG